AAAGUAUACAAAGCCAACUAUGAGAAGUCUCGCGGCUUCAGCAUCAACUACUGCGACACGCCCAAGUUCCAGAUGGACUCGGUGCUGAAGAAGUUCACUGACGUGCGCUACAAGGCAAAGUACGACCGCGAGGUGAAGGGCCGCUACAUCGGCAGCUACGAGGACGUCUUCAUGGUGCACUGCCAGAAAGUAGAGGAGAUGAAGAACGAGCAACUGUAUAAGAGUGAGUAUGAAGACAGCAAGUCGAGAUGCUUCUUCCCUCAAACCCUCACGCCGGAGUACGAAGUGGCAAAGAGGCUGCAGCAGUGCAGCGACAAGACGUACCGGACCCCCCCGGACCGGGUGAAGUUCACUCAGGUCGUGGACUCUCCCGUUCUGGUUCAGGCCGCCAUCAACGCCAAGCAGCUCAGUGACUUGAACUACAAAGCCAAGUACGAGGACACGAAGUUCAAGAACAGCAUCCCUCCAGACCUCCCCUUCCUGGUGCAGUCCAGAGUCAACGCCUUCAACCUCAGUGACAACUGUUACAAGUACGACUGGGAGAAGUCCAAAGCCAAGAAGUUUGAGAUCCGGGGCGAUGCCAUCUCGAUCCUCGCCGCCCGCGCUCACACCAACAUGGCCAGUGACGUCAAGUAUAAGAAGGAGUACGAGAAGAACAAGGGGCAUAUGGUCGGAGCCCUCAGCAUCAACGACGACCCCAAGAUCCUGCACUCGGUCCACGUGGCCAAGAUCCAGAGUGACCGUGAAUAUAAGAAGGACUAUGAGAAGAUCAAGACCAAGUUCCACAUCACUCUGGACAUGAUGUCCAUCACCUUGGCCAAAAAGGCCCAGAGCAUCGCCAGCAUGACGGGCUACAAGAGCGUCAGCAGCAAGUUCUUCCUGCCCCCCGACAGCGUGCUGCUGGAGCUGGCCAAGAAAGCCAACGUCAUCCAGAGCGACAAUGACUACAAGUCUGAGUACAACAGCUACACCAAGGGAACCCCAUGGAUCCCCUACGGCUCCCUGGAGGUGGAGAAGAACAAGAAGGCCGCUGAGAUCCUGAGCGAGAGACGGUACAGAAAACACCCCGACAAGAUCCCCUUCACCUCCAUCGACGACCACCCCGUCAUGAUGCAGGCCAAAGUCAACCAGCUUCAGAGGAGCGAUCUGUUCUACAAGAGAGGUCUGGAAGAGAUCCAUCAGAAGUACUCGCUGCCUCAUGACGCCCCCGAGUUCCUCCAGGCCAAGUGCAACGCCUACAACAUCAGCAAGAACUGCUACAAGACCGCCUGGCAGGACUUGAUUGCUAAAGGUUAUGACCUGAAGCUCGACGCUAUCUCCAUUAAGGCCGCCAAGGCUGCCAGACAUGCUGCCAGCGAUGUCCAGUAUAAAAAGGCUUACGAGAAGGCCAGAGGCCACCACGUCGGCUACCGCAGCAUCCAGGACGACCCUCUGCUGGUCCACUACAUGGCGGUGGCGAAGAUGCAGAGCGAGAAGAACUACAAGAAGGACUACAACAAGUCCAAGCUGAAGUACCACUCCCCAGUGGACAUGCUGAGCGUGGUGCACGCCAAGCACGCCUCCUCUGUGCAGACCUACGCUGGCUACAAGCAGCCCAACCACAAGUACUUCCUGACGCCCGACUCCAUGAGUCUGGGCCUCGCUCGCAACAUGAACUUCAAUGCCAGUGAUUAUAACUAUAAACUGGAUUAUGAGACCUGCGUCAAGGGAAUCGGCUGGGUUCCUAUCGGCUCCCUGGAGGUCGAAAAGGCCAAGAAGGCAUCAGAAGUUCUGAAUGAGAAGAAUUACCGGCAGCACCCCCACACCUUCAAAUUCACCAGCACCGUUGACUCCAUGAGCAUGGAGCUGGCCAAGGCCAACGCCAAGAUCAUGAAUACAAAAGAGUACAAGGCCAGUGGAGAGAAGUUCAUGCACACUUACCAUCUCCCUGCUGAUGUUCCCGAACUGAUGCAAGCCAGAUACAACGCCGUCAACAUCAGCAAGAAUUACUACACCCAUGCUCAUCGUCAAGAUCUGCUCAAAGGACAUCACGUGAAGCAGGACGCUAUUGCCAUUGUUGCAGCGAAAAGUUCCAGUAACAUUGCCAGCAAUUACAAGUACAAGCUAGCUUACGAGAAGGCCAGAGGCCACCACGUCGGCUUCCGCAGCAUCCAGGACGACCCUCUGCUGGUCCACUACAUGGCGGUGGCGAAGAUGCAGAGCGAGAAGAACUACAAGAAGGACUACAACAAGUCCAAGCUGAAGUACCACUCCCCAGUGGACAUGCUGAGCGUGGUGCAUGCCAAGCAGGCCUCUGCUGCUCAGACCUUCAUGGGUUACAGGAAGAUCCCUCACAACUACUUCCUGCUGCCUGACAACUUGCACCUGCAGCGGUGUCGCAGAAUGAUGGAGAUUCAGAGCGACAACGUCUACAAGUCCGAUUACAACAACUACAGUCGAGGCGUCGGCUGGGUCCCGAUUGGUUCUGUGGACGUUGAGAAGGCCAAAGUUGCCAGAUCCGCGCUGGCUGAGCGAGGCUACCGCCAGCAUCCCAGCACUCUCAAGUUCACCAGCAAGACCGAUGCCAUGAACACAGUUCUGGCUCUGUCCAACACGAAGCAAAUGGACAAUGCUUCGUACAGAGCUUCUGGGGAGAAGUUUGUGCACACCUAUCAUCUGCCAGCUGACAGCCCCGAGUUCCUUCAGGCUAAAUUCAACGCCCAGACGCUGAGCAAGAGUCACUACAAGCACAAGUGGCUGGAGGAUAUUGCCAAGGGAUACGACAUGAGGCCCGAUGCCAUCUCCAUCCUGCACGCCAAGCACGGGAGACAUAUUGCCAGCAAUGUGCAAUACAAGAAAGAAUUCGAGAAGGCCAGAGGCCACCACAUCGGCUUCCGCAGCAUCCAGGACGACCCUCUGCUGGUCCACUACAUGGCGGUGGCGAAGAUGCAGAGCGAGAAGAACUACAAGAUGGACUACAACAAGUCCAAGCUGAAGUACCACUCCCCAGUGGACAUGCUGAGCGUGGUGCACGCCAAGCAGGCCUCUGCUGCUCAGACCUUCAUGGGUUACAGGAAGAUCCCUCACAACUACUUCCUGCUGCCUGACAACUUGAACCUGCAGCGGUGCCGCAAAAUAAACAGCCAGACGAGUGACUGGGACUACAAGUCUGAAUACAACAGCUAUAUUAAAGGUACCGGGUGGGUCCCCAUUGGCUCAAUUGGCGUUGAGACGGCUAAAGUUGGCGGUCAGAUUCAGAGUGACAAUCGGUACCGCACUCAUCCCUCCACCUUCAAGUUCAGCAAGCUGAUGGACUCCAUGGACUUGACUCUGGCUACUGCCAACAACAAGAUCAUGAACAAGAAAGCAUACACUUCUGCUUGGGAGAAGGACAAACGGACCGUCCACAUCAUGCCCGAUGCUCCGGAGAUCGUCCUGGCCAAAGCUAACGCCCUCAACAUGAGCAAUAAACUUUACAAAGCCGGUGUUGUGGAGAUGGCCAAUAAGGGUCACAACCUCAAAGCAGACGCCAUCGCAAUUGUGGCCGCCAAGCUCGGGACCACCAUUGCCAGUAAUUACAAGUACAAGCUAGCUUACGAGAAGGCCAGAGGCCACCACGUCGGCUACCGCAGCAUCCAGGACGACCCUCUGCUGGUCCACUACAUGCAUGUGGCGAAGAUGCAGAGCGAGAAGAACUACAAGAAGGACUACAACAAGGCCAAGCUGAAGUACCACUCCCCAGUGGACAUGCUGAGCGUGGUGCACGCCAAGCAGGCCUCUGCUGCUCAGACGAUGGCCGGAUACCGGAAGAUCCAGCACAGUUACUCUCUGCUCCCUGAUGCCAUGAACUUCAAGCUGGCUCGCACCAUGAACAUCCAGUGUAGUGAUUGGGACUACAAGUCUGAAUACAACAGCUAUAUUAAAGGUACCGGGUGGGUCCCCAUUGGCUCAAUUGGCGUUGAGACGGCUAAAGUUGGCGGUCAGAUUCAGAGUGACAAUCGGUACCGCACUCAUCCCUCCACCUUCAAGUUCAGCAAGCUGAUGGACUCCAUGGACUUGACUCUGGCUACUGCCAACAACAAGAUCAUGAACAAGAAAGCAUACACUUCUGCUUGGGAGAAGGACAAACGGACCGUCCACAUCAUGCCCGAUGCUCCGGAGAUCGUCCUGGCCAAAGCUAACGCCCUCAACAUGAGCAAUAAACUUUACAAAGCCGGUGUUGUUGCAAUGGCCAAUAAAGGCUACAACCUCAAAGGAGACGCCAUCGCAAUUCUGGCUGCCAAGUCCGGUACGACCAUUGCCAGUAAUUACAAGUACAAGCUAGUUUACGAGAAGGCCAGAGGCCACCACGUCGGCUACCGCAGCAUCCAGGACGACCCUCUGCUGGUCCACUACAUGCAUGUGGCGAAGAUGCAGAGCGAGAAGAACUACAAGAAGGACUACAACAAGUCCAAGCUGAAGUACCACUCCCCAGUGGACAUGCUGAGCGUGGUGCACGCCAAGCAGGCCUCUGCUGCUCAGACGAUGGCCGGAUACCGGAAGAUCCAGCACAGUUACUCUCUGCUCCCUGAUGCCAUGAACCUGAAACUGGCUCGUAACAUGCAGUCCAUCGCCAGUGAUAACCAGUACAAGAGUGAUUAUGACAGCUACAUGAAGGGAACCGGAUGGGUCCCUAUUGGAUCGUUGGAUGUUGAGAAGGCAAAAUUAGCUGGAAAGAUCUUCAGUGAGACCGGAUACCGUCAACCUCCCAGCAAAUUCAAAUUCACCAAGGACAUGCACUCCAUGGACCUGACACUGGCCACUGCCAACAACCAGAUCAUGAAUAAGCAAUCCUACACCACCGCCUGGGAGAAAGACAAGACUUCGAUUCACAUCAUGCCCGAUGCGAUGGACAUUGUUCUCGCUCGAGGAAACAAGAAGAACGUCAGUGAG